CCCACUUGCAGGCAAUCGUGAAAGUGGAUUGGAAGUGCAUUCAUCUGCACGUGCGGAAGGAGCCCAAUUGGGUGGGUCGUUUUGUGAGACGCUGGACAAUCUUUUUCUGCUCUGCUUUUGCACUUCGCUGGGAGAACUGUUGCGUUGACAAGCUGCUUGCAAAAGUCGAAAUGAAUGAGCGCGUCUGCAGGAUUGGGGGCUUAUGCGGAGAGAGAGAAAAAGAUGUUUAAGCAGCUGCGCACCUUUAACUGGGAGCCAGAGGCAUGAUUGCUCUUCUAUAAGUGUCAGACUCGUCUUCUCUCCCAUUUAUUCUAAACUGUACCGAGCAGUGAAAGGGUGAAAAAGGAGUUGCUGGUUGGUGCAGUCAUAACUGAAAGGCAGAAAGGAGAGAGGAUGGAGCCAAGAUCCACAAAACCAAAGUGCGCCCGGAGGACACUGUUUGGCCCCGUGGAUCCCAGUCAGCUGCAACAGGACUUCCAGCGCAUGCUGUGUACAAGCAUGGAGAAGGCCAGGCAAAAAUGGAACUUUGAUUUCUUGCGAGAGGUGCCCGCAGAAGGCCGGCUGCAGUGGGAAGAGCUGCAGGAACAGGAAGUCCCCGCUUUUUACCGCACUUGUGUGGUAGGAGGGGCCCGUAAGCCCCUGCAGCCUGUGAACUGGACAGUACCCCAGGAAGCCCAAGCUCACCACACAGUGAAACUGGUAGAGAACGCCUUGCCUUUCAAGAAGACGGAAGGGGGAAAGAGUCAGGCAAAAAAGAAGCGGAGGCAGAUGUGUUUGACUGAUUAUUAUGCCACAAAGAAGCGAGUCAGAAUGGAAAUGCAAACUCCUGAAAAGAAACUGCCUUCUAGAAUGCAACGUGGUGGAAUGAGUCUGAUCUAGAUUUUUUUUAAAAAAGGAUCUGCCUGGUUUAUGCAACAUAUUGCAGUUGUGUAUUCCGGCAAAAACAGAACGACACGUUCAACAAAACUGGAAUGGGCAUGUUGAGAACACUGAUAGUUCCUUAUAGGGACG